AUGUACAGCAAUCUUGAUGUUAAAGAGAUCAAGGUCUUGAAUGGAUUUAAACUUAACAAAGAGACAGAGAACACUCUCUUUGAAGAUAGCAAAAAGACCAUUCAAUUAUAUAAUGGUCAGGAGCAACAAGUGUCCCUAGGGAAGCAAAUUGCAUCCAUUAAAAAGAGAAAGACAAAGAUAAAAUUUUCUUAUGACUAUUCGGAGAGAGAUGACAGGGACACACAACAAAAGGAGACUUAUAAAAGGAGAAAGCUCGGCAUAUUUGAUACUGUCACAAAUUACAUGAUAAAAGAAGUCCAAACACAUAAAGGAGGCUAUUUCGCAGUUAAGGAAAAGGAAACGGAGCUUAGAAGGAAAAGAGAAGCGGCAACAUACUUGGCUGCCAGUAGACGUCCGACAGGACCAAUCACACUCCGGGAACCGGCAUUGAAGACGAAAAAGGUAGCUGAUACCCUGCAAGGCAGAGUGAACAGGAAGCGAGUGCUGGAGAGUAUAGACAUCAGAAGCUUUGAGGGGUCCGAAUCCAGUGUUAAUAAUUUUCCAAACAAAGCAAAGAAGGAGGCUAAAGUGCCGGAGUUAAAAGGCAAAUUUGGGAAGGAUGAGAAUUGGCUAGUUGAUCUCCUGGGAAAGGCAAUGGAAGAGAGGCGGCAGGCGACAGCAAAUGUAGCAAGUGCCUUCUUAGUCUCAUCAGAUUCAGACAGCUUGGAGGAAGAUAAAGCAGUUGAUGGUUUUGCAGUAGUUGAACCAAAUCAACCACCCCGGAAGCCAUGA